GGGUUCUGGGCUUUAGGCAGGUAAGUAACUUGCCCAAGAUGAACUGCUGGUGAGGAGCCACGGAUGAAAAAAAACAGCUCUUGCUGCCUGCAAAGCCCGGAAUACUGUAUAUACUUUCUGAGGAACGAUUUAAAAUAGGAAAAUAUUUAGUUUCACAAUGUUUGGGGACCUGUUUGAAGAGGAUUAUUCCAGUGUGUCAAAUAAUCAGUAUGGAAAAGGGAAGAAAUUAAAGACCAAAGCUUUGGAGCCACCCGCUCCUAGAGAAUUCACCAAUUUAAGCGGAAUCAGAAAUCAGGGUGGAACCUGUUACCUCAAUUCCCUUCUUCAGACUCUCCAUUUCACACCUGAAUUCAGAGAAGCCUUAUUUUCUCUUGGUCCAGAAGAGCUUGGUUCUUUAGAGGAUAAGGAUAAACCUGAUGCCAAGGUUCGGAUCAUCCCUUUACAGUUACAGAGGCUGUUUGCUCAGCUUCUACUCUUAGACCAGGAAGCCGCAUCCACAGCAGACCUCACAGACAGCUUUGGCUGGACCAGCAAUGAGGAAAUGAGGCAGCAUGACGUGCAGGAACUGAACCGCAUUCUCUUUAGUGCUUUGGAAACGUCCUUAGUUGGGACGUCCGGCCACGAUCUCAUCCGCCGUCUGUACCACGGGACCGCCGUUAACCAGGUCGUUUGCGAAGAGUGUCGGGGUGUCAGUGAGAAGCAGGAAGACUUCUUAGAUCUAACAGUAGCCGUCAAAAACGUGUCCGGGCUGGAAGAUGCUCUCUGGAACAUGUAUGUAGAAGAGGAGCUUUUUGACUCUGACAAUUUAUACCACUGUGGGACUUGCGACAGGCUGGUCAAAGCAGCAAAGUCGGCCAAAUUACGUAAGCUGCCUCCCUUUCUUACUGUCUCAUUAUUAAGAUUUAACUUUGAUUUUGUGAAGUGUGAACGAUACAAGGAGACCAGCUGUUAUACCUUCCCUCUCCAGAUCAAUCUCAAGCCUUUUUGUGAACAGAGUGAACUGGAUGACGUGGACUAUAUAUACGACCUCUUCUCAGUUAUCAUCCACAGAGGCGGCUGCUAUGGAGGGCACUACCACGUGUAUAUCAGAGAUGUCGAUCACCUGGGAAACUGGCAAUUUCAAGAGGAAAAAAAUGAGCCAGAUGAGAAAUUGAAAGAUCUUCAAAAUGAAGAGGAGACUGAUGAUCCAGUGAUGAUUGUAAAAGCAAUCUUACUUCAGGAGGAGAGCAAUCUAAUUCUCGUUGAUCAACUGGGCCAGAAACUCUUGAAAAAGAUAGGAAUAUCUUGGAACAAGAAAUACAGAAAGCAGUACGGACCGCUGCGAAAGUUUUUACAGCUUCACUCUCAGGUAUUUCUGCUGAGUGCAGAUGAAAGUACAGUCAGUCUAUUGAAGACCCAUUCUCUCCAGGCUGAGUCUGACACCCCAAGGAACAGUCAGCAGGCUUUCGAGACACUUACUGCAGAACCCCAAAGAGUAAAUGAUCAAACCUGCCCCCACUGGUUUGAUAUAAAUGAUUCCAAAGUCCAGCCAAUCAAGGAAAAAGAUAUUGAACAGCAAUUUCAGGGAAAAGAAAGUGCCUACAUGUUGUUUUACCGGAAAUCUCAGUUGCAGAGACCCCCUGAAGCUCAAGGCAAUCCAAGAUACAGGGUUCCAUGUCACUUGCUGAAUGAAAUGGAUGCAGCCAACAUCGAACUACAGGCAAAAAGGUCAGAAUAUGAUUCUACAAACAAUAAUUUUGAAUUGCAUCUCCACCUGGGCCCUCAUUAUCAUUUCUUCAAUGGGGCCCUGCACCCAGUUAUCUCUCAAACAGAGAGCAUGUGGGAUUUGACCUUUGAUAAAAGAAAAACUUUAGGAGAUCUCCGGCAGUCCAUAUUUCAGCUCUUAGAGUUUUGGGAAGGAGAUAUGGUUCUGAGCGUCGCAAAGUUCGUACCAGCGGGACUUCACGUUUACCAGACGCUGCAUGGAGAUGACCUGACACUGUGUGAAAUUGAAAUUGCUGAUGGGGAAGACAUCUUUGUAUGGAAUGGAGUAGAGGUUGGCGGAGUCCAGAUUUCAACUGGUAGUGACUGUGAACCUCUGCUUUUAAAUGUUCUUCGUCUGACAAGCAGUGAUGGAGAAAGCUGUCAGCAGCUGAUAGAAUCUUCCCACGUCUUUCCGUCUAACGCUGAAGUAGGCACCGUGUUCACGGCCUUAGCUCUCCCGGCAGGGGUGGUCUUCCUCAAUAGCACUGACUCUACAGGAGAAGAGGGCUGGGCCCCUGUUCCCGAGGAGGACUUGAGGAAGACAUUCAGAGAACAAGGCGUCAGAAACGGAAGCUCGGUUUUAAUUCAGGAUUCUAAUAAUGAUGACACCAGCUUGUUGACCAAACAAGUGAACUGCAUCACCAGCGUGAGUGAGAUUGACUGGCUCCAAGUAAAAAACUUAUGCCAAUUAGAUUCUGAAGAGAAACAGGUUAAAAUAUCAGCAACUGUUAACACAGUGGUGUUUGAUAUUCGAAUUAAAGCCAUAGAGGAAUUAAAAUUAAUGAAGGAACUAGCUGAGGACAGCUGUUUGAGACCUAUUGAUAGAAAUGGGAAGCUUCUCUGUCCAGUGCCAGACAACUAUACUUUGAAGGAGGCAGAACUAAAGAUGGGGAGCUCGCUGGGUCUGUGCCCCGGGAAGGCCCCGACAUCCACUCAGCUGUUCCUGUUUUUUGCUCUGGGGAGUGACAUCCAGCCUGGGGCAGAGAUGGAGGUCACAGUGGAAGAAACUACAUCUGUGAGAGAAUGUUUAAAAAUAAUGCUGGAGAAAUCUGGCCUGUCAGGAGACUCGUGGCAUUUACGAAAAAUGGAUUGGUGCUAUGAGGCCGGAGAGCCUUUAUGUGAAGAAGACGCCACACUGAAAGAGCUUACGAUAUGUUCUGGAGACACUUUGCUUGUAAUUGAAGGAAAACUUCUUCCUCGGGGUUUCCUGAAGGUGCCCAUCUGGUGGUACCAGCCUCUGGGCCCCUCGGGUCACUGGGCGCGCCAUCAGGACCAGACGCACUGUCCCCCUUCUCAAGAAGGGGACCGGAGAGCUGCUUCCACCCAAGGUGCUCCCGGUGCCCUGCAGGCGGAAGUGCCCCUCCACUACCUGGGAGACGUUGAGAUCUCGGAAGACGCCACCUUGGCGGAGCUGAAGUCCCAGGCCAUGACCUUGCCCUCCUUCUGGGACUUUGCCAUCCUGUCCCCAGCGCUCCUCAGGGCCUGGACGGUGGAGAGUAAGCGCCCCAGCCGGCUCUUGCGUGUCAACCAGCAACAGCUCAAGGAAUACAAGCUGGGGAGGAAGACGGGGAUCUGCCUGGAGCUGCUGCAGAAAGAAGAGACCUUGGGGCCUCAGGACGUGCUGCUGCGGACACAGAUGCGCAUCCCCGGCGAGCGGGCGUACUCCCUGGCCGUGGACCUGGUGUGGGACACGGCGCACGGCUGGACGGCCGGCUCCCUGAGGCAGCGAGUUGCCGACUUCUAUUCUCUUCCUGUGGAGAAAACUGAAAUUGCCAAGUAUUUUCCCGAAAAGUUUGAGUGGCUUCCAGUAUCUAGCUGGAGUCAACAGUUUGCCAAGAGGAAAAAGAAGAAAAAGCAAAAUAAUCUGCAAGGGGCGCCUUAUUACUUGAAAGAUGGAGAUACCAUUGGCAUCAAGAACCUCUUGGUGGAAGACGACGACGAUUUCAGCACGAUCAGUGACGACAUCGGCAGAGAAAGGCAGAAGCAGCUCGCUCUGGCGAGAAAGAGAAGCCAAGAAGCCCGCCGUGUGCAAAGCAGUGACGUUUUCUCUAGUGUAGAGACGAUUGCCCGGCCCCGAGGACCAGAAGCUUCUCUUUCCAUCCACGUUGGAAGCUUCAGAUAGCACAGCCGACGGGGGCAUCCCCUCGGGCACAGCAGCCCAAGGCCGGGCCCUGAGGGGCACGACUUUGCAGUUGGUUCCAUGCCAGCAGGUUUGUGGUUUCUGCUCGCGCAGACAUGGGCUCCAGACGCUCGGCUUUGUCGUGAGGGCGCCAUCUGCCUCAGGCCACGCUCGCAGGUGCCGCCACGCGUGCCGCAUGAGCCCACCCGCAGCUCUCCCAAGGAAGCGUACUCGUGGACGAGGCACGUCCUGACAGCCGACGCGUCUACAGCGCACACGCCCUGUCUCCUCACUGCUGACGCCGCCGCUCUGGCUUGUCGGCAGAGGCCCCGACCCCAGCAGCCAGGCUCACUGUGACACAGGGGCUGCCGCUGGCCUCUCACACCGCGUUCCCCGCUUUGCACAGAUGCUGGAGCCGUCGCCGUCUCCCCACGAUGACAGGCGGACGGCGUCUGCGCAAGCGCGCAUGGCACGGGGGACUCCAGACGGCAGCGGGGUGGCGUGUGACCGUCUCACCAGAACCUUCGGCGUCUGCCCACACGUGCCGAGCUCGUGCCUGGGCACCCAGGGUGGCGGUGUCAUGGUGACAAGCCUGGCGUGGGCUGAGGUGACCGUCCACGAGCAGCCUUAGUUAAAAUAGGGGGUGAAUCAAACUGGUGACUAUUAAAGGAGUGAUUGGUCCUUUUGACAGAUGAGUCGCUUUCUCCAGCUCACUCGGUCGAGGCUUCCUGGAAGAGGCCGUAGGGUCUCAGCUCGAGGCUUUGUAGCCACUCACUUGCUAACCGAGUAGCCAUCACGUCACGUCCGCAGUUUCUCCACGGCCCUCGCAGCACUGGCGCUAACGCGGAGCAGGCGUGGCUGGCGCCCAUGGCCCUCGGCGCCGUCCGGGCGGUGUCGUGCAGCCACCCUGCCGCCUCCCGUGCUGCUCUGGAGAGACGUGGGGUCUCGCGUGUGCUGACCCGAGGCCGUCGGCGCAGGCGUGUCUCCAUCCCGAAGCAGCUGCGCUGCGAGGCUGCCUGCCCAGCCGGCGGCUCAGGGGCUCCGUUCGCUGAGCCUCAGCCCUGCUGCUCUGCUGGGAGCGCGACGCUAAGCUGUUCUGUCCCUUCCCCCCUCCACCUGUCUCCUUCGUCCAGCGCCAGCUUGUGAAACGCUGGUGGUCACUGAGCAGCCGUGCUUGCGAGAUGCCAGAGGCCUCGCUGAAGGCCACUGGCCAGGACGCCCGCGUCUGCACCAAGGAGCCGGCAGGGCAGCCUCCCUGCCUCCCACUCGGGGUGUGGUGGGCCUGGGAGCGCCACGAGACUGUUAAGCAAUAAACCAUUCCUCACCUGGUGGCCUGGCUCUGCCUGCGCCUGC